UAUUCCACCAAAAUAGCAGUCAUAUAUAAAUCACGAAAUUAUGGAUAAAGCCUACUUAUUUAUAACAUACACAACCAUUUUUCUCCUCUCCUCCAACAAAUCACAUUUCUCCAAAAUAUUUAAAAAUGGGUGCAGGAAUUUCAUCGGAAUCCUCCACCGACGGUGGAGAUUCGCCGGGACGUCGUCGGAAACUUGAAGACAUACCGGAAAGUUGUAUAGCUAUGGUGUUGGGCCAUUUUGACCCGCCGGAGAUUUGCCGGUUGGCCCGAUUAAAUCGGGCCUUUCGUGGCGCUUCUUCGGCUGAUUUUAUUUGGAAUACAAAACUUCCUUCAAAUUACUCAUUCAUAGUUGAUAAGAUUUCUGAGUUGAAUCAUGAAAAUGAUAAUGAUGAUGAUAUGAAGAAGAAGAAUUAUGGUAGUAUGAAUAAUAAUAAAUUGAUGGGUUUAACUAAGAAGGAUAUUUUUGCCCGUCUUUCUCGUCCAAACCUUUUUGAUUCCGGCACUAAGGAAUUAUGGCUGGACAAGAAUACUGGAGGUGUAUGUGUGUCGAUAUCAUCUAAGGCCUUGUCAAUUACUGGUAUAGAUGACAGGCGGUACUGGAAUCACAUUCCCACCGAGGAAUCUAGAUUUCAGACAGUUGCAUAUCUUCUUCAGAUUUGGUGGUUUGAAGUGUGUGGGGAACUUGAAUUCAAAUUCCCAGUAGGGACAUAUAGUCUAUUCUUUCGAAUCCAGCUAGGCAAGUCCUCUAAGAGGUUUGGUCGUCGCUCAUGUAAUGUUGAACAUAUACAUGGAUGGAACCUAAGACCUGUCCAAUUCCAGCUGACAACAUCAGACGGUCAGCAUGCUUCGUCAGAGUGCUACUUGGAUACUCCAGGAUCAUGGAUCCUCUACCAUUCAGGAGAUUUUGUCAUCAAGGAACCUGAUAAAUUGACAAAGAUCAAGUUUUCAGCUAGGCAAAUCGAUUGUACCCACAUCAAAGGUGGUCUCUCUUUCGAUUCUGUCAUGAUUUUACCCAAGAGUAUAGCCCAUAAAGUUAGAUAAAUUUUCUUAGAUAUGUCAUAUAGUGAGAAAAAUGAUAGAACUAAACAGAGUAGUUGUUCAUUAUAGUAGGUUGGCUGUAUACUUGUAUAAGGGCUUUUUCAUGUACAUAGUCAAGAUGUCUGUUUUUCUAGGGCGAGCUUGGCUUCAUUAGCUCAUAGUUGUUCUGUUAUGAAGAUUGAGUGAUCCUUAGCAUUUCUACUGUAUAAGUGAUCUAGGAAUUCAGAAGGUAGUAGGUUUUUUUUAAGAGUACUCCAGAAGAUAUUUUUGUUCGGUUUUCAAAAGCUCUUGUAUUUAAGUUGUUUAAAUUUUGUACCAUAAUUAUGUUCAGAUUAUGUUUGCUUUGGAGAAGGCAGUGAGUUAAGGGUUCAAGGCUAUUA